AUGCCGGCAAAGAAGCGCCCCGCCGCUGGGCCGCCGGAGGACCGCUUCAAAGGGAGUUUCCUGGAGCUUCAGUUGCUGGAAGCCUUUUCUUGUGCAGGAGCGGCCAGGUCAGCUUGCAGCUGGAAGCGCAAGCGAGCAGAUUCGCCAGCACAUCUCGCAGAGAGGAGCGACGGCCAAGAGCCAGGAAGCCAUGGCUUGAUGGACGGCCAGAGUCGUUCCGUCCCGCCUGUCGGGCACGGUGCAGGCGGGCGAAGCUUGAGCAUCCACGGUCUCGGAGGUCACGCCUUCCAGCUGUACGUCGGCUCUGCGGCAAUGGGCUGGGAAGUGGUGAGAGACAUAGCAGCCAGACUUGGCCGCCCCGCAGGGUCCCUCCUGCUAACUUCCGGCGGAAGCAUGCUCGACCUGCAUCAGGCCCUCCUGCAGCAGGUGGCAGACGACGACGUGACCUACGUUGCUCGGAGCUUUGGCGCGGGUUGCGCCGUAUCGAGCUUUCAGAAAGCACUGGUGGGGAAGCCCUUGAACGAGGCAGAUGCCUGUGCCUUCGACGAGGUGUCCGAAACGGGACUGCAGCAGAGCGCGUGUUCUUGCGGAUCAUGGUGUCAUGGUGCCGAAGAGCUUCACAAGCCCAUCCGGGCCGGCGCAGCACGCGAGCGCGGUCAAGACAUUUUCGCCGAGGAGGCAGUGGCAUAUUACAGAAGUCGCACCCUCUUUACCUGGUUCGUGUUUUUCCUGAUGGGAUUGUCCGGAGCUGUGUUCGGGGAUGUAUCACAUCUCGUCAGACGUCACUAUGUGGAGCCUUGCCUGCCUCGUGCGAGAGUGAGCGACGAAACCUCGCGGCGGUGA